UGGAGAUCUAGCGGCAUUUGGGUUGGUUUUCCGGUGGAAGCAACACGACAGCAAUACAUGCGUCCGGAGAACCACAUUUUCAACAGCACAUAGGUUGAUAGAUAGAUGGACGGAUUAGGCUUAAAGCUUAAAGUGGAGCGGCCCCUCCAUGCCACCUCUGCAUUUUUGCCGUCUUCCUCCUCACCCACUACCACAUAAAGGACCAUCGCCUGCUUCCUUAAAUCUGAGAAAAAUCCCGUCUCCCGGUCGAGGCCGCAGAUUGUCCCCAGCGCUAGAGGAUCAGUUUCACAGGGUUGAGCUAGGAGGACUGCGACCAUGAAGGCCCUCAUUCUUGUGGGAGGAUUCGGCACUCGCCUGCGGCCGCUGACGCUCAGCGUGCCGAAGCCGCUCGUCGAUUUCGCCAACAAGCCCAUGAUCCUGCAUCAGAUCGAGGCUCUGAAAGAUGUGGGAGUCACAGAAGUUGUCCUGGCCAUCAAUUACCAGCCAGAGGUCAUGCUCAACUUUCUCAAGGACUUCGAGAGCAAGCUUGGCAUCAAGAUCACCUGCUCCCAGGAGACAGAGCCAAUGGGAACCGCCGGACCGCUGGCCCUUGCCCGCGACAAGCUCGACGACGGAUCCGGCGAGCCUUUCUUCGUCCUCAACAGCGACGUGAUCAGCGAGUACCCGUUCGCAGAGCUCAUCGAGUUCCACAAGUCCCAUGGCGGCGAGGCCACGAUCAUGGUCACCAAGGUGGACGAGCCUUCCAAGUACGGCGUGGUGGUGACGGAGGAGGAGACCGGGAAGGUGGAGCGGUUCGUGGAGAAGCCCAAGGUGUUCGUGGGCAACAAGAUCAACGCCGGCAUCUACCUGCUGAGCCCGUCCGUGCUGGACCGCAUCGAGCUGAAGCCGACGUCCAUCGAGAAGGAGGUGUUCCCGCGCAUCGCCGCCGACAAGGGCCUGUACGCCAUGGUGCUGCCGGGGUUCUGGAUGGACAUCGGGCAGCCGAGGGACUACAUCACGGGGCUGCGCCUCUACCUGGAGUCCCUGAGGAAGCGGGCGCCGGCGAGGCUGGCGGCGGGCGCGCACGUGCUGGGCAACGUGCUGGUGCACGAGACGGCGACGAUCGGGGAGGGGUGCCUGAUCGGGCCGGACGUGGCCGUCGGGCCCGGGUGCGUGGUGGAGGCCGGGGUGCGGCUGUCGAGGUGCACCGUGAUGCGGGGCGCCCGCGUGAAGAAGCACGCGUGCAUCUCCGGCAGCAUCGUGGGGUGGCACUCGACGGUGGGCAAGUGGGCGCGCGUGGAGAACAUGACCAUCCUCGGCGAGGACGUGCACGUCUGCGACGAGGUGUAUAGCAACGGCGGCGUCGUGCUCCCGCACAAAGAGAUCAAGUCCAGCAUCCUCAAGCCCGAGAUCGUCAUGUGAGUGUGGCCAUCGGGCCGAGCAAAGCCACCAUUCCCGCGCCCGCGCCACAUGGUGAAAAAGGGUUAUAUAUUUCUUCAUGCGUUUGUUGUUUUAUUGGUCACCGAGCUGCAAGUGUAAUCCAACUGCCAAGUGUCUAUCAGGCUCUAUGUAUGUUUAGACGUGUCGCAAGUUUUUUCUUUCUUUCUUUUUGGAAGACAAAAUGUGUCUCGGUUAAAUUUAAGCCCCGGGCUUCAAUUUGUAGAUAGGUGUCAGAUGAAUGCGAAUAAAGCAUCAGUUUUACCA